CGGGUUGCCUCCUGGGGCUGGAGCGGCUGGGCAAGUAGGAAGCGACGCGAGCCCCCUUCGGAGGAUAGUUCUGCUGCGCUGAGAAUUCUUCAUGUCCAGCAGAUCUGGAAGACAACAGGCUGGAGAAGUCGGCAAUAAUGCAAGCGCUGGCAUUUGCUGUUUUUGCAUCUGAAUACCAGAAGCAUUUCUGAUUAAGGGAGAUGUGAUUGGUGCACAGGAAGAAGUGAUCAAUAUGCAAGACACUAUUCUGAUGGCAAUCUUGAUGGUCACAGGUCUGGAGAUACUAUGUUUGGGAGCCACGGCAGUGGAAGAUUCCCAGUGUCAACGGAUUGAGCAUCCUAUUGUUACAAGUGAAGAACUUGCUCCUUGGUUACAUGUGUUCAGAUCGGAAAGUGCUGUUGACUUCUCUCAAAUAACAUUUGAUCCAAGACAAAAAGAACUUAUUGUUGGGGCAAGAAAUUACUUGUUCAGGCUACAUAGUGAGGAUCUUUCUCUAAUCCAGGGUGUGGAAUGGCGCUGUGAUGAGACUACUACAAAAGCUUGUUAUAGUAAAGGCAAAUCAACGGAAGAAUGCCAGAAUUAUAUUCGUGUUCUCCUCAUUGGUGGAGAUAGACUGUUUGCAUGUGGAACUAAUGCAUUUACACCCAUUUGUACUAAUCGAACGCUAAGUAACUUGGAAGAGACACACGAUCAGAUCAGUGGUAUGGCACGCUGUCCCUAUAGCCCCCAGCACAAUUCUACAGCUCUCCUUGCAAGCACUGGUGAGUUAUAUGCAGCCACCGUCAUGGACUUUCCAGGAAGAGAUCCUGCAAUUUAUCGCAGUUUGGGUAUUCUUCCUCCACUUCGGACUGCCCAGUACAACUCUAAGUGGCUCAACGAACCAAAUUUCGUGUCUUCAUAUGACAUUGGAAACUUCAUCUACUUUUUCUUCCGAGAGAAUGCAGUGGAACAUGACUGUGGGAAAAUAGUUUUUUCUCGGGCUGCUCGAGUUUGUAAGAAUGACAUUGGUGGCAGAUUUUUGCUGGAGGAUACUUGGACCACCUUCAUGAAAGCUCGUUUGAAUUGCUCCCACCCUGGAGAAAUUCCAUUUUACUACAAUGAAUUACAGAGUACGUUCUUCCUGCCAGAACUGGACUUAAUCUACGGGAUCUUUACCACUAAUGUGAACAGCGUAGCCGUUUCAGCUGUUUGUGUGUUCAACAUGACUGCAAUAACUCAGGUCUUUAGCGGGCCCUUCAAAUACCAAGAAAAUUCUCGUUCUGCCUGGCUUCCUUAUCCCAACCCUAAUCCUAAUUUUCAGUGUGGCACCAUGGAUCAAGGCCUGUAUUUGAAUCUGACAGAGAGGAAUCUCCAAGAUGCCCAGAAAUUUAUUUUGAUGCAUGAAGUCAUCCAACCUAUCACACCAGUUCCUUACUUCAUGGAGGACAAUAGCCGUUUUUCUCAUGUGGUUGUGGAUGUGGUACAAGGAAAAGAAAUGCUUUUCCAUAUAAUUUAUUUGGCCACAGAUCAUGGGACAAUUAAGAAAAUCCUUGCCCCAGUUAAUCAGACAGCGAGCAGUUGCUUGCUAGAGGAAAUUCACAUCUUCCCAAAGAAGCAGUGGGAGCCCAUCAAGAGCCUGCAGAUUUUACACAGUCAGAGUGCUCUGUAUGUGGGCCUUCAGAAAAGUGUGGUGAAGAUCCCACUGAAGAGAUGCCAGUUCUACAAAACACACGGCACGUGCGUUGGAUCUCAGGAUCCUUACUGUGGCUGGGACUUGGUGCUAAGGAAAUGCACACCAUUGGAAGAAAGCUUGAGCAUGAGUCAGUGGGAGCAGAGCAUCUCUUUGUGUCCGAAGAGGAAUUUGACUGUGGAUGGCCGUUUUGGGACCUGGUCAGAGUGGAAGCCUUGUACACAUGUAGAUGGAUCCAGUGUAGGCAUUUGCCUCUGUAGAACACGCUUAUGUGACAAUCCAGUUCCAAAAUGUGGGGGUCGCCAGUGUGAAGGGUCAAGUAUUGAGAUUGUUAACUGUUCUAGAAAUGGAGGCUGGACUCCAUGGUCAGCGUGGUCUCCGUGCAGCACCUCUUGUGGAAUAGGCUUUCAAGUACGCCAACGUUCCUGCAGUAACCCAAGCCCUCGGCAUGGAGGCCGUGUAUGUGUUGGGCAGAACCGUGAAGAGAGGUAUUGUAAUGAGCAUUUGCUCUGUUCCCCGCAUAUGUUCUGGACUGGCUGGGGUGUAUGGGAGCGCUGUACAGCCCAGUGUGGAGGAGGCAUUCAGGCUCGCCACCGAACUUGCGAAAAUGGUCCAGAUUGUCCAGGUUGCAGUGUUGAGUAUCAGGCUUGUAAUACCAGCCCUUGUCCAGAACUGAAGAAGACAACUCCUUGGACUCCAUGGACACCAGUGAAUAUCUCUGACAAUGGUGGGCACUAUGAACAACGAUUCCGAUACACUUGUAAGGCACGUCUUCCUGAUGCAAGUUUGCUAGAUGUGGGAAGGCAAAGGAUUGAAAUGCGCUAUUGUUCAAGUGAUGGUGCUACUGGAUGUGCAACUGAUGGUGAUUUUUUGCAUUCUGGGCAUCGUUCCACUCACACAGUCAAUGGUGCUUGGUCCCCCUGGUCUCCAUGGUCUCAGUGUAGCCGUGACUGCAGCAGAGGUAUUCGGAAUCGCAAGCGAAUUUGCAAUAACCCUGAGCCAAAGUAUGGGGGAUUGCCUUGCCUGGGACCACCCCUGGAGUACCAAGAAUGCAACAUCCUUCCAUGCCCAGUUGAUGGAAGUUGGUCCUGUUGGUCAUCAUGGUCCAAGUGCUCUGCUACGUGUGGAAGUGGCCAUUAUAUGAGGACUCGCUCAUGUACAAACCCAGCACCAGCCUAUGGAGGCGACAUCUGUCUAGGGCUCCACACCGAAGAAGCGCUUUGCAAUACACAACAGUGCCCAGAUAGUUGGUCAGACUGGUCAGACUGGUCAGGCUGUGAUGCAGCUGGAGUCCAGGUCCGUACUCGCCAGUGUAAUGUUUUAUUUCCUGUGGGUCAGCAGUGCUCGGGGAAUACCACUGAAAGCCAGCCGUGUGAUUCUGAUUCUAAUUUCAUACCAGAUAUAAGAGUUGCAAGAACCAGCAGUAUCAAAGAAAAAAGAUGUGGUGAAUUUAAUCUGUUCCACAUGACUGCUGUGGGGCUGAGUAGUUCCAUUCUUGGGUGCCUUCUGACUCUUCUGGUUUACACUUAUUGCCAGCGGUAUCAGCAACAGUCUCAUGAUGCCACUGUCAUUCAUCCAGUAUCUCCAGCGCCUCUUAACCCCAACAUCACUAAUCACCUCAACAAGCUGGAUAAAUAUGAUUCUGUAGAUGCCAUUAAGGCAUUUAAUAAAAAUAAUCUCAUCCUAGAAGAACAAAACAAGUACUUCAAUCCACAUCUCACCACAAAAGCGUACUCCAAUGCCUAUUUUACAGAUUUGAAUCACUACGAUGAAUAUUAAAAAGGCCUUUGCUUAACUUCAUAUGGGUUCCCAAGAUGUGAACCCUAUGUGUGAACACCAAAUUGUUAAUACCAUGUUGUUGCCAACUUUAAAACAACAACAACAAAAAUUUGAUUGUGUAGGUACAAUCUUGCAGUACAGACACAACUUUGGUAGUACAAUAUUUGUAUUGUGUAACUACAUUGGAGCUAUUACAGACAAGAAAUGAAACAUCUUGCGUAGGACGCUUUAAGGCGGUUGAUCCCAUUUUGGCUUGCUACCAUCCUACUAAUUCAUCUCUUCAGCUUCUCAGAUAUGUGUGGGAAGGGCCGUGGACUGCCUACUGGACACAGCAUUUUCAUUUGUCUAAGAGACAACUGUUCCAUGAGUGGGAGGCCAAGAGCGAGAGAGGGAGUGAGAGAAAAGACAACAGAUUAUUGAAUGUAAUUGCUCUUAACGGCAGAAGCCUUAAGUACUUCAUCCCCCAUGCCAGACUGUAGAAUUUUGUUCCUAAAAAAACUGGAAGCCUGUACGGCUACGCCAUCACUGUUGCAAGCAACUUAGCUGGCAGGUGCCACAGAGGAACAGAAGAACAAGCAACAGAGCGGAUCUAGAAAUAGGCAGGUAUUGUCUGCUUCAGUCUGUCAGGAUGGGAGGAUUUGUGGAAAAUAAACAAGGGCUCAUUGAAUUCUGCGUGUUACUGGCAUAGAUGGAAUCCUGUACCAAGCAGGAAUGCCUGCAUCAUGGGCACCCCUUUGCAGGCUGUAUGUAAGGAUCCACCUGGAAUGUUCGUUAUGAUAUUCACAAACUCUGUUUUAUAUUUUUGUUGCAUUGAAGUACAAAAAGAAAAGAUAAAAGGUACAAAAAGGGAAACCAAACAAACAACAACAACAACAUCUUACUAUAAGGCAUAUAAAACCUCAAAUAGCUGAGUUUUCAAACUCAGCACUAAACCUUAACUGUAUGGCAUAAUAUUGAUCAAUCUUCUAUUACAACUCUAAAGAACCAGGGUGGCAUUUUCUUACUAUCUUUCAAAAGAGUAAUUUGUUUUGCAAUACGCUCUGCUCAGUAAAUCCAUAUCUUUUUAUAUAGUGAUGCAUUUCAGUUUUGGGGGGGAGAUACACACACACACACAGUAUAUGCAUAUACACACACACACACACACACAUAUAUUGUGUGUGUGUGUGUGUGUACAUAUCCACUAAAACUAUAUUAAACUUAAGGAUAUUAAACCAAAAUGGGAUGAUAGUGAGACAAGCCCUAAGCGUAAAUGUCCCCUCCAUCAUUUUAUAUUUCCUGAGUAAUGAUACUGACAACCAACCCUCUGAGGUGUCCAGUAAACAUCAAAAAAUAAAUAUCUGGUUCAUUUCUUUUUAAGAUUUUUAACAAAACAUGCUCUAUAUACUUUAACACCCUUAAAUAUUAGUUUGUUAACAUGGGUAUUCCAACUUUUCCAAAGUUCUUGCAAAUAAACAAUAUCUCCUUUAGCAAUCCUCUUUAUUUGUCUAAAAAAAUAUACAAUAGGUUUUCAAUAAUCCAAAAUGCAUUUGGAUCAUAAUUCAGGAGUUUUAGAUGCCGAUAACCAUUCUGGACCAUAUUGUGAAAUCAAGAGAUAUUUUAGCUGGAUAUACUGCUAUUCCACAUUAUUAGACAAUAUAAAUCCCUCUUGUAGUAACUCAAGCGGUUUAAACACUUGGCAAGAAGGUGACUUAAAGUAUUAAUUGCUAUUAGCCUGUAAAUUCCAAAAUAAAGAUUUAAUUGGAAUAUUUAAACAGGAUUUAUCUCAGAGUGAAGUUUUAUGAUUUGCAUAAAAGUCAAAAUUAUACUUUCAUCCCAACAUCUUCCAAAUAUAGCUUGCAGCUUUAAUGCUGGAAAGAGAACUGAAUUUUGACUAAAAAAUGAACCAAGAUCCUGGUAAAGUAUCAGUAAGGUAACGUAAUACUGGGUGUUUUUUUUUUUUUUUUACAUUUGAUCACUUGAAUUCCAUAGAGAAAUACAGGUUAAAAGGUAUUCCCAGUGAUAACCAUAAUUUAGAUGAAGAAAGUCUAGGUGUUGGUUCUUCAUGUCAAAACUUUCUGAAUAAUGUAACAAUCAGCUUAAAAUACCUUAAUGGUGUUAAGAUGGAAAUUCUUCUAAAUACAUAUAUCAGUCUUGUAAUAUUUAUUUUUAUAAGAGUUAUUUUUCCCAAUAAGCUCAUUGGGAUUCUUAGCCAUCUAUUUAUAUCCAUAGUGAUCAGAGAAACCAUGUUUCAAUCCACAAAAAUCCUUGGGACAAUUAUUCUAAGAUAUUUAACACAAUUCAAACACCAAAAAUAAUUGCAAUUUUUGAUUUUCCAUAGUUCCAAUACAGCAUAUAGAAAGUUUAUGAGAUUUACUCCAAUUGAUUAACCUGGCAAUUUAACAAACUAUAUCAAUACAUUUUGUACUUAUAUCAAUAAAGGUUUGGUACAGAACAUUUAUAAUUAUCAAUUUUAUUUAUGAUAAUUGGUUCCAAUAUUUUGAUAAAUAGAAAAUAAAAGGCAUAAUUGAUGAAUUCCCUGAGAAUCUUGAAAAAUGAGGAAAUCCAUUUGUAAUAUCCAUGGACCUAUCUAUUAUAUGUCUACCAUACCAAGGACCUUUUUUCCAUCUAAUGAGACCAUCACUGCCAAUUUCAGUUUUUCUGGAUGUGUAUCUAAAAUAUCAUUUUGUAAUCCAAAGCUGGUGGUUGAAUUUUGAAAUCAGAUUGUGCAGGAUAGAUAAUCAAAAGUAAUGUUGUCUGUAAUCUACAUGCCAGGGUUGCUGUCAAAAUUUUGGCACCAACAUUGUACAAAAUCUUGUAUGAUCAGUAGAAUCUUUAUCACCUUUCAAAAUCACAGUUAUAUAAGCCUCAGUGAAAAAAACAGGAAAAGCUUAAUUCAAAAGAAAGUAAUUAUAAACCCCAGCACUGUAGGAACAAAAAAUUAGUAUCUGUCUUAUACUACUCAAUCCAUCAGGAACAGGAGAAUUUCCUAUUUUCAUAGAUUUAAUUGUGUGUGUGGUUUCCUGUAAGGAUAAAGGUGCAGCACAGCUUAAAAAAAAAAAACCCACUUGGUCAAAAGCAGUAUUAAUUAAAAAAAAAACAUUAAUUUCCAUCUCACGACUUUUAAUUCAUUGUUAUAAAGCAAGUGUAAAGCAAUUCCUGAUUUCAGAAUCAUAUACCCUAAGCAUCAAUAGUAAAAAUAUUUUGUUGUUACCAAGUUUGUCUCCUUGCUCCCAGUAUGUUUGAUUUAUACAUUUUAGAGGCAGGAUUCAGUAAAUAAAUCCAAUAAAUCACUAUCCUGUAUGUAGUGUAUUUUGGUGGGGGGGUACCUUCGAGUCAGUUUUGACUUCUGGUGACUGCCUGGACAAGUCUCUGCAGUUUCAGGAAUGGU